GCUGUACAAGGCCCCAUGGGCCCGAAUAAUGGUUUAUGGAUUGGGACACAAAGUACGAAGAAAUGGACAGUUAAACCUCAUGGAAACCGUGUGCUACCCACUAGACGCGUCGCCUACCAAUACGGGCCUCACGCCUCCUCCCACUGCCAACCAGUACCCCUCAGUUAUUAUCCCCACCGAUAAAAUACACAUUAAACUGGGUGUGUCGCCCCCUCCUGGUGCAGUGGUAAUGUUGCACUCUCUGCCUUUGGAGUUUCCCUUGGCCAUGGCAUUUGCCGAGCAGCUGCUCACCUGGAAGUUGGGCGACGGCAGUAGGCGCGUGGAAGACGAGCUCGACACCAUUCCGUCCUCUGUGUUGCUGCAGGUGGUGGAGCUGCUGGGUGGUCUCCUGUGGACAACUGACUUGGCAGCCUGCACUAAAGAGCAGAUCUUCCAUCUUCUAGCAGAGCUUUUCCGCAAAAUCCAUCACCUGGAACAGAGAAAGAACCCCUCUGGUCUGUCGAGCUCCAUUGCCUUGCUGCUCAACCCCUGCCUGGCGGUGCUGAUGGCCCUCCAGGCUGAGCUGCGCAAGCUCUACGAUGAAGAGACGCAAGGCUGGGCGGUGCCAGGAGGCCUGGCGUUGGGUUCCGAGCAGGGUCGCUUUUCCACUUAUUUCCACGCCUUAAUGGAGGUCUGUUUGGCUGUGGCUGAAGUCACUUUGCCCCUCAACAUGAGCAGCACGGCCGUGAGCACCAUCUCCUCCGGCAGCGCCCCGAACCUCAGCGAUUCCUCCUCUUCUUCCUCCUCUUCCCCAGGCCAGACCCCCCAAAGCCCGAGUCUGCUCUCCAAGCGCAAGAAGGUCAAAAUGAAGAGGGAGAAGGCAGCCACAGGUUCGUCUUCGGGGAAAAAAGCCACGUCAGCCUCUAAGAUGUCCGACAAUGACGCCGCCCUGCUCAACAUGGGAGGGGGCAAGCCUGAGGACAUGCUAUGGUUCCACCGGGCCCUCACCUUGCUUAUGAUCAUGCGACACCUAGCCAACAAGGACCCCCAAGGUUUGGGCGUGACUAGCGACGCAGUGGCAGACGCAUCUCAGGCUUUAGUAGGCCCCACUGCUCACAGCCGUUUGCUGGUGAUCUCCGGCAUCCCCACCCACUUGGAGGAAUGUGUUGUGCGGACCGCCAUCCGGAGAGCCUGCAAUGCCCACGGGGGACUUUUCAAAGAUGAAAUCUACAUUCCUCUUCAAGAGGAAGACCCCAAGAAACCCAAAUGUGGGGUUAACAGCGGCAACGUGAACAACUUGGAGUGUAAAGUUCCGGAGCCCGAGAGGCCCUUCCCAGCUGGCAGCAAUGAGAGCCUGGACAGUUCUAGCAGCGUCACGCCCGUCAUGAGUGUCAGCGCCUCAGCCUCCACCAGCCAGACGUCCAUCUGCAGCGUCUCCCGCACUGCCAGUGAGCAUUCCGUAGACCAGGACCUCCUGGCGACCACAGUCCCCAUGGUACCCCAGCAGCAGCAGCAGCCUCCGCCGCCACCCCCUGGCAUACUGGACCCCCAUACUGUUUCUAGCCAAGAGAGCCUGGACUUGUCCCUCUGUAGCACAGGCAGUCUGGGGAGCCUCGGCAGUCUGGGGGAGCCACUGGAUAGCGCCGACACUGCGUCCGUUUCAGAUGGGGGCUCGAUGUACACAGUGACGUCUCUGGACAAUAACGCCACGCUGUCACGGCCCAUCAAGGGUUAUGCAGUAAUUGAGGUUCGCGCUCGAGCAAAGGUCGAGAAGAUCCGUGCCAGCCUGUUCAACAGCAGUGACCUGAUUGGCCUGUCCAGCCUUGACGGAGAGGAGGAGUUGAUGGAGAUGACCAAUGAGGAAAUCCUCACGGUUUCCAGCGUCAAUCAGAGCUUGUUUGACACCCAGGGCAGCUCCGCCCUCGAGGACUACUUUCUGGAAAAAGCCGUGAAAGGUGAUAAACUGGUUCCCAGUGCACGUGAUGUUCUCACAGAGAUUUUCAAAAGCUGCGUGCACUCAGAACAGAUGCUGAGCUUGACUCCCACCAAGCCCAUCAAGGUCAUGGACAUUUACUUGAGCAAAGAGCAAAUCAACUCCCAGACGCCAGGGAACUUGCUGCACAUAUUCUUCACAAACAUCCGGCCGCAAAAGAAAAUGCUGGAAGAUCAGCUGACACAGAUCCUCAGGAAAUAUGGAGUCCCCAAGCCCAACAAAAUCAAGUAUAGCAAAGCUGGCAAGGAGCAGCAUCAGGGAAGAGUGGUCAGCACCAAGAGACCCAUCACCAAGCCACCAGCAAAAGAGAGGUCCGUGCUCAGCAGCGUCCGAACAGCAUUAAGUGAGAAGAAGCCCAUAGUCAAACCAAAAUCUCCUGAGAAAACCAAGCCUGAUGAGAAAGACCCUGAAAAAUCUCCAACAAAGAAACCAGAAGUCCCUGAGGAGAAAUACCUAACUCUGGAGGGCUUCCAUCGUUUUACGGUAGAUCGUGCCAAGCAGGAUAUCCGUAGCUUGUGGAGGGCCAUCUUGAGCUGUGGCUACGAUCUGCAUUUUGAGAGGUGUGCUUGUAUCGAUACUCGACAUGCUCAGAAGGCCUGCAGAAAGUGGAACCUGGAGAUGGACGUGGCUCUGGUGCAGUACGUCAACCGGCUGUGUCGUCAUUUGGCCAUCACUCCGGCUCGUCUGCAUCCUCAUGAAGUGUACCUGGACCCUGCUGACACAGCUGAUCCGAGGGUUUCUUGCCUAUUAAAUGUCCCCAUAGAGAGCCUGCGGCUCAGAUUUGCUUUACUGCAGUCUCUCAACAACACUUUAGAGACGUUCUUCUUACCUCUUGUGGAGUUACGGCAGACUGACACCUACUUGCACAGCAUCGCUUCCUUGCUGAAAGAGGCCAAAGGUUUGAUCUUUUAUGACACAAAAGUGAUUGUUAUGAACAGAGUUCUGAAUUCUACGGUACAGCGCACAGCAGAUCAUGCUGCCCCCGAAAUCACUCUGGAUCCCCUAGAAAUUGUUGGAGGCGAAAUCCGCUCUUCUGAAAACACGUACUUCUGUCAGGCUGCGCGGCAGCUGAGCUCUGUGCCAUCAUCUCAGCUGUGCGUUAAGCUGGCCAGUGGUGGAGAUCCAACGUAUGCCUUCAAUAUCCGCUUCACUGGGGAGGAGGUCCACGGGACAAGUGGCUCCUUCAGGCAUUUCCUGUGGCAGGUGUGUAAAGAGCUUCAGAGCUCCUCCCUGUCCCUGCUGCUGCCCUGCCCCAGCUCAGCAGCAAAUCGAAACAAGGGUAAGUUUAUUCUGACACCCGGCCCGAUCAGCUAUGCCGAGGAGCAGCUACUCCAUUUCCUCGGGCAGCUUUUUGGCAUUGCCAUUCGUGCAGAUGUUCCUCUCCCUUUGGACCUGUUGUCUUCGUUCUGGAAGAUGCUGGUGGGCGAGGCCCUGGACCCUGACGCGGACUUGCAGGAAGUCGACGUGCUCACUUAUACGUACAUCAAAAAGAUCGAGAGUGUGACGGACGAGACGGAGCUGGAGGCUCUUUGUACGGAGGUGACAUCGCAGCACUACCCCAACGAGAGCCCGGAGUCGCCCACAAAGCCCUGCUGCAAGUUCACCUACGUCAGCAUGACGGGAGAAGAAGUGGAGCUGUGCCCAGGGGGCAGGAACAUCACUGUUGGUUGGGAGAAUAAAGACACUUACGUGAUGGCAAUCCGGAACCUGCGCAUGAAGGAGCUGCAGAACGCCGAGUGCCUGACGGCCGUGCAGGCCGGCCUGGGGACAAUCAUUCCCCUUCAGCUGCUCACCACCCUGACGCCUCUUGAAAUGGAGCUGAGGACUUGCGGCCUUCCUUACAUCAACCUGGAGUUUCUCAAGGCUCACACAAUGUACCAGGUGGGACUCAUGGAGACGGACCAGCAUAUCGAGUUCUUCUGGACGGCACUGGAAACCUUCACCCAGGAGGAGCUUUGCAAGUUCAUCAAGUUUGCCUGUAACCAGGAGCGGGUGCCCUUCACCUGCCCCUGCAAGGAUGGGGGUCCUGACACAGCUCACGUACCCCCAUAUCCCAUGAAGAUCGCACCCCCAGAUGGAACUUCAGGCGCCCCCGAUUCAAGGUACAUUCGAGUGGAGACCUGUAUGUUUAUGAUCAAACUGCCACAGUAUUCCUCUUUGGAUAUUAUGCUAGAAAAACUUCGCUACGCCAUCCAUUACCGAGAAGACCCUCUUAGCGGUUGAGCGUGCGCCGUCUUGUGCCCUCGACACCCCCAGCGUAAGCUGCCAGAUGAGUCGCGAGGGUUUUUUUUGUUUUUUUUUUUCCUUCUGAAAUACUGAAGUGCUUCCUCUCAACAGCAGACAGGUGAGGGCACUGGCCGCCAGGGCGCCCUUGCAGGACAUGGACGCCAACUGAAAAGUAGGCAACGCAAGGGGGUCCAGCACGUCGUACGACAUUUUAUUGAAAUAAAAGCAAGCGUUUUUUUGGGGUUUUUUUUAGGGUUGCUUUUACGUUUUCUUUUUUUAUUAAAACAAAGAGACCUGAAGGGGGAUUAAGAGACGAUGCACAUGCAGACGAGACAUGACGUCACUUUUAUCUCUCUCCCGUCUGUCUUGUAAACGUUAAGGCAACUCGAGGAUGUUCUUGUGGAAGACUGAUCGACCCCCGAUAGUUACGAAAUGGAAAAUUGAGAAAAACCAAGACACUCCACGUCAUUUCAGCUUGUAGCGUAGAGGCUGGAAACGUUUAAAGUAUUUGAAAAGUCAAUAAGCACAUCAUUACCAACGCAAAGGAAGUACGAGAAACGGGUACCCGCUGUGGAGGUGGGUCUCUCAUUUUUUUUUGAUUUAACACUCUGGUAAUUUUGCACUUGUACCGAAAAGGGACUUGAAGAAGGUAGGUCAAUCGAAAUGAAGGAGAGUUUCGAGUCACUGGCCGCGUGCUUGUUAAUAAUUCAUCACAUCCGUCAAAAAGUCCAUAAAAAGAAGAUCCGGCGAGCCUGCGUCAUUUAUUAAUAUUUCUAUUUUUUGCCCUCUUAUAACAGCGUUUGGCAGAUUGUUUCUUGUGGUCUGAAUUGCACUUUGGACUUUGUUUGGUUUCUUGGUUCUGAGGGCCGCACAGGCCAGUUUGUUGUUACAAAGCCGUUCAAGCAGAGAUGAAGCCCCCCUUACACUUGAUACCUAUGACCCCGUGGGAUCAUUACUUCCUUCGACAGGCCUUGCUGUUCAUUUCUUUUAAAUACUUUUUAAUUAUCUGCCACCUAAUGGCGGCACUUGGGCCGAGGUUGUUACAUUUUUUUUUUUUUAUUAGCCUAACUUGUUCACGUUGUUUUACGUUGUCCCUUCUCCAAGUCUGACGAGCGUCCCUGGGCUCCACGGACCUGCCCGGUUGUGUAUUUGGUGCCACCUCGAGAAGAGACUGCUUGUAAAUAUCGUGGCGCAAGCGUGCGGACGACUUGGUUUUCAGUGUUGGAUAGAGAGAGCUGCGUCGAGGUUAACUGCUGCUAAUAAAAAAAUCUCCUCUUCCCCAAAGAGGGCAAAUUUAGGAGAAAAUCUGAAAGGACAUAUCCACACACUUGGGUGUUGAAAAAUGUGUGCUGUACAUUUACUUGACGAGAAAUAUUUAUUACAAUUAUUUAUGGUUGCAUUUAACUUUUCCUCUCCUGUAUGCAUCUGUCUGUACCUAACACCUUGAUGUUUGAAUGGAUUCUUCCGAGAAAAAUAAAACAGAUUUCUGUGUCACAACAAUAAAUUGUCUUAAUGAAAA